GAGGAGUAAGAGCAAAGGCAGGCUGACAGAGAGACUGAGUGUCCACUAAGGGGAAGGCUGCAGAGCCCAGUCCUGGUCCUCUGGUGCUUUUUGCUGCUGUCCCUCACUGCCAUCGUCCAGAUAAUACCCUAGCAAGCAACAAGAAUGGAUGUCUUUAAGAAAGGUUUCUCCAUUGCUAAAGAAGGUGUGGUGGCUGCUGCAGAAAAGACCAAACAGGGCGUGACGGAGGCUGCAGAGAAGACUAAAGAAGGGGUGUUGUAUGUAGGUACCAAAACCAAGGAAGGUGUGGUGCAAAGUGUGACCUCAGUUGCUGAGAAGACCAAAGAGCAGGCCAAUGUGGUGGGAGAAGCUGUAGUAGCCAGUGUGAACACAGUGGCAAACAAGACUGUAGAAGGAGCAGAGACCAUCGUGGCCACUACAGGAGUUGUAAAAAAGGAGGACCUGGCUGGGCCGCAGCCGCCUGAGCAGCCGGAGGCGGCUGGAGAGGGGACCCUGGUGGGGAGCACAGGUGGCAGCCGAGAGGGUGACAAUGAAGGCAAUUAAUCAGCUUAGGGGCUUCUCCCUCAAAAGAGAGCAUUCCAAGAGAAUAUCAGCUGACACUGCAACAGGAAAAUCCCGCUCUCCAUAGACUAACUACAUCCAGCUCUGCAGUCUUUCACUUGUCUCAUAGGCCAGUCGUACCAGAUGUGUAAGCCAGACCGCUCUGAUUGUAAGUGAAGCGCAGGUGUACUGGGGCUCUCUCCCCACCUCCAUCAUGCCUUCCCGACCUUCUUGCUUCGCGUGCUUUGUUUGGACUCACUGAUCUGUGUCUCACUCCCUCUGCACUGGCACUUGGGAUCUCUAGGUAGCCUGAAAAUAUUUUUUUUUAACUAAUAAACAAGUGUUUGAACAA